CAAUCUCUUUCCUUCUUAAUCCCACUCAACUCAGUCUUCUCCUUGUAUUUCUUCUGACCGUCGCAUGAGCGUGCAGAACUUAAACACUUUCGAUCCCUUCGCUGACGAGGGCGACCCUCUUGGAGACAACCAAGACGUUGGAUCUCAGGCAGACUACAUCCACAUUCGUAUUCAGCAGAGGAAUGGAAGGAAGACGCUGACCACUUUGCAAGGCCUGCCCAAGCAGUACGACUCGAAGAAGCUUCUCAAAGCCUUCAAGAAGGAGUUUGCUUGCAACGGCACCCUCGUCGAUGACGAAAAGAUGGGCCAAGUUAUUCAGUUGCAAGGUGAUCAGCGUGCCAAGAUCUCCAAUUUCCUCAUCGAGAAUGGUAUCGAGAAGUCUACCAUCAAGGUGCACGGAUUCUGAGCACCCUAUGAUGGCUUCAGUAGAGUACACAUUGUCGUCUUUUCUUCGGCCUGGUUGAAAGCGUUUUUUACCGUUUUACGUUAUAAUGUUUUCAUGAUCAUCCGCUUCAAUAUAUGUACGAUU